AUGGCAGGGACGUUUGAUAUAGAGUCAUUAGUAACGCAGCUCAGACUCAGAAGACAACGCUCCUCAUUGGAUGUCCACGGAGUUGGUGGAGCAAGGACCUCGCAGACGAAUGGAGUGGUCAAUAUUACCCUCCAUUCAAAUUACAGACCACUCUCAGUCACCAUUCAAGCACAUGUGCUGACGAAGGUGACCACUUGCUUACCAUCCGAACCACCAGCUCGUCCAACGCUGCCAUCGCAUCUGGAGAAAUUGAAUCUAGCAGAUCCGCAAUUUCUCGUCUCCAGACCGGUGGACAUUAUUCUCGGAGCCGACGCAUACGGGACCUCUCAUCAGGUGACGGUCAGUAACACCGAUUGCCAGUUGGGUGAGUUACUCAGCCGUUUCUGGACGCAGGAAGAGCCACCGCAGGACACGGCACCCUUGCUCACACCAGAAGAGCAAGAGUGCGAAGAUCAUUUUCAGACCACGCAUUCGCGAGACUCCUCAGGAAGCAUCGUGCGAUUGCCGCUCAAACUCCAUCCACGAGCACUUGGCAAUUCAUACCAGACGGCGCACCAUUGUCUUCAGAGGACACUCCGACGAUUCAGCAAGGACGCUCAGUACAAACAGCUGUACACCAAGUUCAUGCUCGAAUAUGAGCAGCUUGGUCACAUGGUAAGACUGAACAAUGACUCAAUAAUCAGUCCGUUUCAGUACUUUCUUCCGCACCAUGGCGUUCUCAAGUUGGGCAGCACGACCACCGCCUUGCGAGUGGUGUUCAAUGGCUCCAGCCCAACUUCUUCCGGACACGCAUUAAAUGAUCUUCUCCACACCGGUCCGAACCUUAUGCUGAACAUCGCAGAUCUGCUCAUCUGGAUACGCAGAUUCAAACAUCUGUUUGCAACCGACAUCACGAAGAUGUAUCGCCAAAUCAAGGUGCAUCCGGAGGACUGGAGCUUGCAGCAGAUACUCUGGCUUGAUGAAACUCAACAGGAAACGCAGUACCAGCUGACCACGGUCACAUACGGAACGAAAGCUGCACCGUACCUAGCCGUGAGAACACUCUUGCAACUCGCUGACGAUGAAGGGUGGAAAUAUCCCCUUGCCGUCGAACCCAUCAAAAAUGGCAGGUACGUCGAUGACAUUUUUGGUGGCGCAGAUACCGCAGACCAUCUACAGGAUGUUGCAAGUCAGCUGACGCAACUUUGCCAAGCGGGUGGAUUUCCGUUGGCAAAAUGGCACUCUACCAGCAAGUCGUUGCUUGACGUCCUCGCAGAUAAUCAGAACAACGCAUCAAUUUCGUUUGACGACUGCGAAACCAAGAUUCUCGGAAUCAAAUGGACACCGCAUGAAGACGCAUUCAAUUUCGCAACCAUAUCAGCUACUCAACGCACGCAGUUCACGAAACGCCUCGUCCUCUCAGAAGUAGCACAACUAUUUAAUCCUCUCGGUUUUGUUGCACCUGUAGUUAUUAGAGCCAAAAUUCUCAUUCAAGAGCUCUAG